CGGAACAUGAUUCAGUCCGCCUCAGGAAAAGCCAGUGUAUCAGCUUACAGCUUGAGCUUAGUUUAGUGUAGAGGUAGGGACUGUAGAUCUGAAUUCUGAGCCAAGUCUACGGACCACGUGCGUGCAUGUUUAAGUACGUGAGGUGUGCAUUCAGAGGUGACUGCGGCGCAAGUAUGAUAACAUGUUGAUACGGACCACUAAACACAGGAGGGCAACAUGUAGCUUACAAGUGCUACAUUUUUUUUCAUCCGGAUAAACAUAUUUUCUGGGGCACUGCACAUUCCGUAGGUGGGUCAGGCACAGUCAGCUGAUUCUUUACUCUGGAACGAGCCAUUUAUUCUGCUCCACCCUUCUCUAAGAGUUCAUAAAACCUCUGUGAUACAUUAGCUGGAAAAUUCUAGUCUGUGUUAAAAUCAGCUGAUGGGAAUAUUGAGAAUAGCUAUAGAGGAACCAGGUGUGGUGUAUGAUUACUACAGGUAAAUUAAACAGUAAAGUGGUCUCCUCUUCAGAGUUAACAUUAUCUCUGAUCAACCUUGGAUGUUGUGAUAGUUGUUAUAUAUGUAUUCCCAAGCACAGGAAGGAUGCCAAGUUCGAAGAAGGUACAGUACAUGUACAGUCAUUCCCAUUGGUUCUGCUCAUAAGUAUGUGACCUUGCUGGAAUCCUUCACAGGUUGAGUAAUAACUAUCUCAGAAUAGAAAAUAGUUGGAAACUCAGGUGUUUGCUUCAUCCUCAGACUGUGAUUUGGCUUAGCAAGCAACAGAGAAGACAGGUAUAUAGCCCACACAGUGAUGGGCGCAUAUACUCUGUGAGAUGUUAUUCCGAGGACUAUAUAAAUGCCAAAAGAUUUGGGGAAGAAAUUUCUGCUUUGCAUUGUGUGGAUUAUAUGUACGCCGAUGACAUACAUGUUGACUGAAGCUAAAAAAAAGUACUAGUACUGUGGACUUAUAUGAUAUCAUCUGUACAUGGACUAUUCAUAGAUAUACACUGUGUCUAUAGGCUGAAUUUGAAAGACUGCUGUUAUCUCUAGUUACUGACUGUUAACACCAUGGCUCAGAAUCCUCAACCUAAAAAGAGGAUCAUCAUGAGGAUAAGGUCCCAGGGGUCCCGGGAGUUACCCCCUCAGCCUCCAGGGUCUCCCAGUGGGGGGAGCCCCAAGAUGGGGGCCAAGAACUUACAGCAGAAGUUUGCCAAAGUGAAUUUUGGGACAAAGAACCCCAAACUGUCAGACUUUGAGAAGUGUUUCAAUGAAUUUACGGAUGAAUUCAAACACUAUCAUGGCUCCACAGAUGAGGAGAGUGAAGAGCAUAAAGGCAAACGUCCGCCAUUGCAGAGAAGUGACCAUGACACAGAUUCCAAAGGUCAAGGUCAUCCUGAAGAUCAGAGCUUUGGUGAAGGUGAACCCUGCGGUAAGAAGUUUCAAGAUAUUUUCUCUCCGUUUGAUGCUGAGUGUGAUCCCUUUGGCAUGCAGCAUGAGUUUGAUAAAAAAUCUAGACCACACCUGAGACGUACUCGCUCCAGGGACAAAAGUAAGUCUGCCUUUAGUGACAGUUUCUUUUCCUCCCCCAAAAUGGAGGACAUUUUUGGAGAAAGUUCCUCUUCUUCACGUAGAAAAAAGAAACCAAGUUUCUUUGAGGAAUUUGAAACUAUGAGCAGUGCCAUUAUGGAGGAGUUUUUCAGUGAUAAACCUCCGGGAGAAAGAUGGAAGACUUGUGCUGAAAAAUUUGGAGAUUUAAAUCUCGAUUCAGAUGAUUCAGACGAUGACAAGUUUUUCUCGCACAGUUCAUUCUUAGGCAAGCGUGAUAAAAAAGAUAAGAAGCAAUCAAAGUCUUGUCCAUCUUGCGGUCAGAAGAAACGGUCAAAGCAGACUCCAGCCACCUGUGAUCAUUGUGAUUCUGCCUGUGAUGAUAAUUGUAACUACACAUGUCACCACCGGUGUCGCCCUCUAGUGUCAAUAGACUGUCCACACGAGAACACGAACAACCACCGGCCGCGCGGGAAUGCGGAAACCUCGCUGUCAGAAAUACUUCAGGUUACUCCAGGGAAGGUAGUCAGGGUUCGCCAGCAAAGUGACGAUGUUGACUCUGGAUAUUCUACGGGCAGUCCCCACUCCUCCAUGUAUAACUCUCUCACACAGGAGGAACUCCGCACCAAGGUGGAGACAUUCAACCUGAGCAACCCUGGCCUGGCCAUGACCAUGCCUGAUGACAGUGACACAUUCCAAGGUUUCAUUCGAGUCAACAUGAACUUGACGCGUCCAAUCAGCAUGUCCCUGGGCACAAGACCGCCAUCUAUCUACGAGGUUCUGACCAAUGAGGCGCAGGGAGACACGUUGGACAGGAAUACAAUUACGUCAUUUUAUCUCCCUAGGGAUACAGUGAAAGCUUUAUUUGUAAACAGUGCCACCACAGUUCGACAAGUCAUAGAUGUUCUUUUAAGGAAGUUCAAAAUCACAGAUAACCCCAGGAAGUUUGCCCUUUAUGAGCAGAGUUACAAUGAUGAGAAUAAGGAAAACCCUGUGAAACUAAGAAAACUUACAGACAACGAGCACCCCCUGAUGGUGUGUCUCGACUGGCCAUCUGCUCGCAUGGAGCACCGCAAGUUUGUGCUUCAAGAGAACGACAUGCAGGAGAUACUUUGGGAAGAAUUCAGCCUACCAGAACUUCAGAAUUUUCUCAAAAUUCUCGACAAGGAGGAACAGGAAUAUAUCCAAGACAUUAAGUACAAAUUUAAAGUACGGAAAAUUCACAUGCAAGAGCUUUUAACAGAAAAGAACCCCAACCAGGAAAAGGGAGAAAAGAAAGGAUCUAAAAACAAAGCUGAAUAGAGGAGAAACUGUCCAUCUUUUAUUAUUGUGGCAUUGUUAUGUACUGUUAUAUAAAUAUUUCAUCGAAAAAAUUGCUCGAAAUCUAUUAUAAAAUGUUGAAAUUUGAUCAUGCUCCCAUAAAACAUGUUUGGACAGCUGACAGCAAUUGUUAUAUGAUACACAGGUCUAGAGCAAAGUUCAGGGACAUGAUUUCUUGUUGACUUCUGUAAAGGAAUGACAAACGCAGCAGGUGGCUCUUAUUAAGUCAAAUUAUACAGCGUUUCUCAUGCAAAUGUACUGUGGAUUUCACUGAAAAAGACAAUUCCCUUCUUUUGUCAGUGAAUCUUGCAGUUGUUGGGAAAUUUUUUAAAUAGAAACAGGAUGAUCAAGGGUGGAAGUUUUCCUCCUUUUGGAGAAUUUCCUUCUUUCCUUUGACAUGAAAAACUGGUUUCAGGAAGCAGUUGGACUUUGUAUGAAAUGUUCAGAAGCGGUGCAUUUGAAAGAGAGA